AAGCAAUCCUAGGGUGUAUAAUGAGUGCUCGGCUUUCCAUCCCCACGGUCCCGCGGCCCAAAAACAACAACUUCUUCUCCGUUCUCCCCGAGCAUAGAGUCUCCUCCAUCUUUGGAUCUUCAUUGUGUAUCCUAUUCGAGAUCUCUCCAUCGUUCUUAUUAUCAUCAUUCUCAGCCUGAUUACUUGUUUCCUCAUCACUGCUGCAAACACAAUCGAACCACAACCACUUCCAUUGUCAACACCAUGUCCAGGGCGAUCUUCCCACAAAGGAAAUGUGAAAUAAAUGCCUGAUCUGCAACGGCCUGGGUCACAACAAGAAGGACUGUCCGGGCAUCCUGUUCGCCGAGGGUCUGAUGGAGCUGGGGGGUCAAGCUCGAGGACGUAAGAGGACGAAACGACGUGAAUACUGGGGAAAGAAGAAGGAGCGUCAGGAGAAGACAACUAAGAAGGACGAGAAGCAGACCAUGGAGCAAGAAAAGGAGCAGGAGACGAGAAAGAGUACGGAAAAGAAGGAGCACGAUGGAAAGAAGCACCAGAAGAAGCACGUCGACUAGAGUGCAUUGCCAUCGGAAAGCGAUCAAUGUACUUUGCUUUGUUGUUUCUCGAUCUCUCCCGCUUAACUGGAGAUGUCCCGUCGAGAUGGACUCUUUUGAAGUCGUGAUAA